CCUCACACCUCUUCUUGCAUUACAUUACAAUGGGCACCGUGACCUAUCGCGAUGGCAUCGCUAUUCUCCAGCUCAUCAUAUUCCCAUGCAUCCUCACUGCUGCUCUCUUCAUAUGGAGUCGGACUGGCUGGCGGGUUGGGAGCAAGAUAUGGCGAUUCCCUGUCACACUCUCACUCAUCCGCAUCGCUGGCAGUAUUUGUUCAUUGUUGACUAUCAGUCAUGAUUCAUACAACGUUGAGGUGGCGGUGGCAGUCUGCGAGCUUAUUGGUAUCGCACCUCUGUUGUUGACCUAUAUUGGACUGCUGAGACAAAUCGAUGCGCGACAAACAAUGAAUCCUAAAUUUCUCAAUCUGGUCGCCAUCAUAUGCGUCAUUGGCCUUAUCCUCGGGAUCGCUGGAGUCAGCACCGCCGACGACAACGAGAGCACCUAUCACGCAAAUACCAUCGUCAAAGUGUCCAUGGCCCUCUUCCUCGCCGUAUUUGUCGUCGUGCUCCUGAUGGCUGUUUGGCUAUACUUUCAACUGCGUCACACAUUGAGGGCCUUUCAGAAAAAGCUGUUCCUCGCCGCUGCUCUUUCUUGUCCUUUCCUAUUAACUCGAUUGAUCUACUCGGCAGUUGCCGACUACACCGACAGUUCACGUUUUGCUAUCCUCACAGGCAAUCCCACCAUCUACUUGUGUAUGGAUGUCCUGGAGGAGAUCAUUGCCAUGGUCAUAGUUAUGAUUCUUGGAAUGUCAGCGGUGCUGGAGAGAGAUUACAUCAAGCCCACCCCAGUUAGGAUGAGCUCCGACCCGGAGGUUGAUGAUGCAUGAUCUCGUGGUUUGCAGCUGGACGAGAAAUCUCAUUGGGUUCGGCACGCUUUACAAUGGAUUGUGACGGUUUAUGUCUAUUUCUGCAUACUUAUGAGCUGAGAAGGAACUUUCCUUCUAUAUACACAUUUGGAUACGGAUUCAACAGGGAGUUUGUGGUGUCCAACCGCGCCAGGGUCGAUCAGGUCGGACAGAUUUUGGACUCUGAUACAAG